AUGAUCAUGAUCAGUAGUAAAAAUGUUCUGAAAAUGGAAUCAGUUGAUGUGAGCAAGAAGAGGAAAUUUCAGACAGAUCAAUCGGAGUUAUCUUUAUUACCUCUUUCGAAACAUGUUUGUUUUGACAAUGUCGCUUGUUCCGAUAAUAGCAAUGGCAUCUCGGAGCUUGAUUCAGAGUAUUCGAUGUCUUAUGUGAGAUCAACUUCAAUGGAAUGUGAAAAUGAGAUUGAGAUGAAAGAAGAAUCAUCUGGAUCUUGCGGUGAAGACAAGAUGAUCUCUUUCGAAAGCCAUCUCGAUUUCAUCUAUGGCACGCAGAAUCUAGAGGAAUUUUCGGAGAAAGACAUUGAAAACAUUCUCUAUCUCGAUGAAAAAGACGAGGAAGAAGAAGCUAAUGGAUGUAGUAAUGGUGCUAAUUAUGUUCUGUCCUCUGGGAGAUGGACUGUUAACCAAGAUUCUACUGAGCAUGACACAAAGAAGCCUACAAUUGAUCAAGAAUUCGAGCAAUACUUCUCAACGCUAAUGCUAUGA